UACAGUAUAUAAGCCACUCUAACAUCACAUGACUGCAUGGCCAUACAUUUAUGGUACGCCAUUGUUCAUACAUAAUUAUACAUCAACAAUAGAGACAAUAUCUCACUUCUUAGAAUAGAACAAUGCAAUAGGGGUCAACACAUGACUCCCCAGCCUAUAUAUAUAUAUAUAUAUAUAUGCACAUGCAAACUGCAUGAGCAUCAAUUAACAUCAAACAUUUGCAUGAGGCCUGUUCAACCAAACUGAAAAUUUAAAGUUGAAACGUUUAGUACGUGUUAUACGUGUAGCUACUAGCUAUUAGGCUAAUAGCUGUUCGAUACUAUUUAGAGCAAUAAUUAUGGCUAGUGCAGUUAAAAACAAGUUUGUAGACAAAGUACCGGAAGAUCAUCACUGCACUAUUUGCACUAACGUUCUAAUGGACCCAGUACUGACUGGUUGCUGCGGACAACACUUUUGUGGUGGCUGUAUAAAAAAUUGGCUAAAGAGACAAAAAACAUGCCCACAUUGUCGAAAGGCCAACUUCAAUUUUAUGAAAGAUAAACGAAUGAAACGAGCCAUCGACAGCUUGAAGAUGUACUGUCCUAAUUGCUCCAAGGGGUGUGACAAAAUCACUGGACUGGGUGAACGAAAUCAACAUCUCGAGAAAUGCUUGUUUGUAGUGGUAUCAUGCACUAAGAAAUGUGGAGAAAGAAUUCUACGAAAAAAGCUUCAAGAUCACGAAGACAACAGGUGCCUAAACCGUCGGGUACAAUGCCAAUAUUGCAAAGAAGUGGUGAUGUAUACAGAAAUAAGAAACAAAAGUCACUUUAAAAAAUGUCAUUUUUUCCCAAUUUCUUGCCCCAACAAUUGUGGGCAUGAGAAAAUACAGCGCAAGAACUUAGCAGGUCACCAGAAGGUGUGCCCUCUUGAGCCAGUGAAGUGUACCUUCUUUGAAGCUGGGUGUACAGAAUUGAUUCCACGAAACGAUCUGACAGUACAUAAAGCAUCAAACACAGAGCACCAUUUGGAGCUAAUGAUGACAGAGACUGUUACACUUAAGCAGAAAGCUAACAAACUAGAACUGGAGGCUAACACAUUUAAGCAGACAGCGAAUGCUGAAAGAGAAGCAAUUAAACACGAAGCUAAGUUUACCAAAGAUCAGCUACAGCAACUCUCACUCAAAUUUGAUAGCCUAGCAUCUUGUGUAACUAAGCAACUAGGCACUAUCGAUUCUAACCCUCAGACACAAGCAGCUAUCGAUAACAUAAAAAGCUCUCUAGAGACAAUGACCACAAUGCUAGCACCAGGUGACACACGAUACUACCUACCACUAGUUAAAGAAUCAGAGGAUAGAGCUCGAUCAGCUUCGUUCUACAUCAAGCCUGGCUAUAAAAUGUACGUGGAUAUUGAUGGACAAGAUAAUAGCACUGUAUACUUAAAGAAUAGUGAACACGACCACCAACUAGAGUGGCCCAUGCCUGAAAUGGAAAUAGAACUUAGUGAUACAGAGAAUAAAACCUUGUGUACACAUACAAUCUGCACCAGAUGUGGCCACACAGUGAAUCGACUAGAGGGGGACAGUGCACAGGAAGCUAUCACCAACCCAUGGGCAGCUCACAGGUAUGUGUCGCCAAGACCUCCAAGAGACUUUCUAACUCUAACAGUACGAGAUCAUGUUUGUCAGCGAUGUAAGUGUAUAGGCAAGGGCCAUGAGUGACAGUAGAUUUCCCAAAUAAUAAUAAUUUGCUGCACAUUAAUUUUAAACUCUGAUUUUGUGUUACGAUUGA